UCAGCUUUAGCUCAUCAUCAGUUAGUCGUUCUACCGUGAGUGAACAACAACAACUUGUAAUAUUCUAGUAGUGAAUUUUUGUUUAGUUUGUGAUCAAAUAAUAUCCAACAUGAUGAAAACACGCUUCGUGGUGUUGGCAUCGCUUGCGACUUUAGCACUUGCGAGACCCGAAGCUGGGUACUCUUAUAGCUCCCCAUCCUCGUCCAGUGGCGGCUACUCGUCCGGUGGAAGCACAGGAUUGAGCUUCGGCGGUGGUGGCUACGCCAGCGGCAGCUCCGGCUAUGCUAGCGGCAGCUCUGGCUACGCCAGCGGAGGUGGUUCCGGAUACUCCAUCGGAGGUGGUUCCGGAUUCUCCAGCGGAGGUGGUUCUGGAUACUCCAGCGGAGGUGGUUCCGGAUUUUCCGGCUACAACUACGCCCCGGUCGCCCCAGUCGUGCAGAAGCACAUCUACGUGCACGUGCCACCACCAGAGCAAGAGUACGUCGCUCCCCCACAGAUCCAGCCGGUUGCCCCACCCCAGAAGCACUACAAGAUCAUCUUCAUCAAGGCUCCUACCCCACCGACCCCGACCGCCCCGAUCAUCCCACAACAACCACAAGACUCCGAAAAGACUUUGAUCUACGUGUUGGUCAAGAGGCCAGAGGAACAACCACAGAUCACCAUCCCGGCCCCGGCCCCGACCACGCCGUCCAAACCUGAGGUGUACUUCAUCAAGUACAAGACCCAGAAGGAAGGUGGAUUCUCGGGCAGCUCGGGCUCCAGCUUCGGUGCCGGUGGCGGAAGCGGCGCUGGUGGCUUCGGCGCCGGUGGCGGAAGCGGCGCGGGUGGCUUUAGCGACUCGCUCUCGUCCAGCGGACCUGGCUCCAGCUUUUCCGGCCCAUCGUCCACAUACGGCUCGCCCAGCGCCAGCCCGUCCGCCAGCUACGGUGCUCCGAGCUCUAGCGGUUCUUACUAACGCGCUUCAUCCGAACGGCAAAUAACGACGAAAGCAACAACAGCGAAUAUUAAAUAAAAUGUCCUCUUGUACGCGCACACACUUCGACACGACCGCGGGAAAUCGUUGAUUGUUAUACUUCUCCGCGGUCACGGAACGCGAUUCGAGAGAAGCGUCACCGUCCACCAUCAACGCUGCUCCCCCAUAACCCCCAUCAUGCCCAUCCCAAACGCUGCUCGCCCCUAAUCGAUUUGUAACAUAUAUUAUAAAUUCAUGUAGACUAUGUAUUUUUUA